AUAUCUGGAGACCGUUUGCUGGCAUGGAUAUCGACGUUGUUGAACAGAAUAAUGAAUUGGUGGUGAAUGAAGACGAAUUGAAAUCGAGUAAAGAACAGAUCCUGCCGCAUCGAAAAAGAAAAUAUAACGAAGCUGAAUGGAACAAUUGCGAGUCUGAUCUUCUGCAAGCACAGCAAAAUAAUAUUACGCAAAAUGCACAGCAGUACGACCUGCCGCAACCGGUUGCCAAAAUUGAACAGAAACAUCGUUUGGCACAACAAGUGAUGAAGCAAAGAAAGAAGAAAGAGGUCAAACAUCCCAUCAAUUCCAGACGAUCACUUAGACUGAAGUGUAAAAAGGUGCGAGGUGAUCUUCCCGUCAAGAAAGGCAAUUCGUUGCCUAGACGCUCGAAGAGAAACGCUCGAAACGCUACAAGUGCAAGGGCUGUUGAAAGUAACAUGGUUCAUCAGUGCAACGUGUGCAACAAGACUUAUCGCAAAAGCGGCUUUUUAAGUCUACAUUAUCGUAGGUGUCAUCCACAAAUCAUUUCAACGAAGACACCAGAAGUCGCGCGAAAAGGAGAUAAGAAAUAAAUUGGACAAGAUUUACCAACGCACUCCAAGAGUGCGUUGGAUUUAGGGAAUGCAGAACCGGUACCAGAACCGGUUACCUGAGAACCGUAACAAGGUUCUUUUUAGUCUGUAACCGGUUCCUACAAAAAAAAGUGAAAAAAAGCUCUUGUAACACCUAGGAAAUUGUUACCACAUACUCAAAAAAAAGAAAAAAAAAACAGCAAUUUGGAAAACAAGCUAUUGGAUUCUAGAGUCGAUCGCGACAAAAUGUUAAAUAA